CCACACUGCGAAGGUAAGUGAUACUCUUGAGUUGGACACGCGCACCUGCAGUCAGGAGGCGGAAGCCGGAGAGAGGAUCCUGAGUUUCAGCUCGCCUGAGCUACGUACACAGCGUGACGUAAUCUCAACUAAUGACCACAAUGACUUGCUUUACUUGUAGAUAAAGAAAAAUGAAAGUGGUGCUUCUGAUGGCUUUCCUUGUGCUCACGGCUCACUGUGUACCAGUAUCAAGAUUCCCUGGCAGGAUUGUCUUCUACUGUCCUUUCUUCAACUGGAUGCAAUGCCAGAGGUUCUACGAAUUCUUAAGACUCUGCAGGAAGCCACCAGUGAACAGAAGAACUACCAUGGUUCCAUCAUUUAGGACCACAACAGAAGCUGACCUUUCUCUAACUGGGGGCCCUCUAUCUCCUCUUACUCCUGAUAGGCGGGGAGAUACGCCAUAGUACAGUUGCUCACAGCCCAGAGAAGCCUCUUCCCCCACAGAGUGUGUAUGCUACAGUCUGAUCACACUUCCAGCUCCUGCACCACAGUGCCUCCUUCCUAUAUGACGCUUCAAUAAAA